AUGAUCUCUACACUACGGACCGCAUCUGGCCGAGCUCCCUUGGCGCGAAUUUCCAACUCUAUCGGCGCACGAGGUCGAGGGAUAGUGCCUGCCAACGGUAAUUUGGAUAGUAUACGGCGGAAUGUUGCGCCUUUCUCGAGUAUGUCCUACUUGAUUGCGGAACACGAGACGGGGCGCUUUCGAGAGGCCGCGGCACGUCCCUUUGUACUCGCGGCGAAUGCGAUAGAUAUGGGUUUCUCCGGCACUAUUAUCGAUUCGUCCGAGUCGCCAUCUGAUUCUCCACAAAGUGUACAAACGGUGGCGUUUCGAGACUUACAAGGAUGUGGUGCCGUAGACGACGAUGGUGGGUAA